AUGGCUCCCGUCAACGCCACCCCGCUCUCGCAGCGCACCCUCUCGCCCUUUGACGACACGCCCACCCGUGCCCCCUCGUCCGGCCACUCGUCCCUCAACCCGCUCACGUCCCUCAAGCCUCAGCGCACCCGCUCCCUCUCGUCCUUCGCCACCGCCCUCCGCCAGAACAACAGCCACUCGCUCCUCGCAGACCCGAUCGAGGCCGACAACACCGAGCUGCACCGCCGUCGCGUCGAGGCCUCGUUCCAGCGCCAGCUCGACUCGCUCGCAAACGCCAACCGCCACCUCGACUCGUCGUCCGCCACCUCGUCCGACCACGACCAUGACCACGGCCACGACCGCGACCACGAGCCGCGCCGCCGGUUCAACGACGAGUCGGCCUCGUCGUCCUCGUCGUCGUCGCGCUCGCACGGCACCCGCUCGUCCGACGCCCAGAGCCUCGGCAGCCUCCGCAUCGGCCUCACGGGCUCGGCCCCGGUCCCUGCGACCUCGUCGUCGAGGACCGCACGAGGUGUCACGAUCGAGGACGUCGACGACGGCGCCGACUCGGACUCGGACGGCCACCUCACCUACGUGACCGAGCGCGCCUCGGUCCUCGACUCGCCCGCACGCCCUCUCGCGACCGCGCCCGCGCCCAAGCAGCAGCAGCAGCAGCAGGCGCCCGCUCGAGCGGCGGCGGCCGCACCCUCGGGCGGCCUGUUCGGCUCGCCGCGCCCGUCGGUCCUGUCGCACAUGCACGCCGCGACGUCGUCCCCGCGCCGCAGCACAGGCCUCCCUCCUCGCGACGAGAACCUCCCGCCGUCGCCUGCCGCUCGCCCCGUGCCGUCGUUCGGCUCGACCGACCGCGCGGCCUACCCGUCGGUUGCCCCGCCGCGCACCGUCGCCCCGCCGGCGUCCUACUCGGCGCGGUCGCCCUUCUCGCCGGCGGCGGGCCCGCGCAUCGGCGCCGGUGUAGCGGCAGCGGCGGGCUCGGCGUACAAGCCCAAGCACUACUCGCCGCUCAACCCGGCGCUCAACUCGCCCCUCAACGCGUCGCCGGCCGCAUCGACCGUGCGCGGCGCCGGCUCGCGCGUUCACUCGCCGACGUCGCUCGUGCUCGACGACGACGCCGACGACGAGUCGGACCAGGACGAGGACGAGGCGCGCCGCAUGGCCGACCGCACGACGCGCACGGCGCUCCCGGACCGCACGGGCCUCACCGACAUGCUGCGCAGCCCCAAGGCGCGCAGGGGCGAGCCGGCUGUCGCGAGCACGAGUGCGAGGAGGGCGAGCCCGGCGGGGAGCGGGAGCGGCAGUGGGCGCUCAGCUGAGGCCAACCUCGUCUCGACCGCCCUCGCCGGCCUCACGUCCAAGCUCGCCUCGCUCGAGCGCGACAACGCCCAGUCAGCCGCGCGCGUCGCCGAGCUCGAGGCGCGCCUCGCGGCCCAGCAGCAGGAGCGUCCGGCCGUCGCGCGCGAGCAGCAGCGGGAGCGGGACGGCGCGACGCAGGAGCGAGAGGAGCAGGCGAGGAGGCUCAGGAGGGAGGUCGAGACGAUGUUGGGCGAGGAGAGGGACCGCAGGGCAGAGCUCGAGCGCGUCGUCCAGUCGCUGCGCGCGCAAAACGCCCACCUCGACGCGACCCUGUCGGCGCAGCACGCCGCGCUCGCCUCGUUGCGCACCGCCGCCGCGCCCGCACCUGCACCUGCGCCCGCCGCCGCCGCCAAGGGCGAGUACGCGCUGCGCACCGAGGUGCAGGACCUUAAGCACGCGCUCGCCGCCCUCGGGUACGAGGUCGACGGCGUGCGCACCGUCGUCGAGGAGCUCCUGCGCGACAAGGAGGCGCGCGACGCCGGGCGCAGGUGGGACGCCGAGGAGGCCGAGCGCAGGGCGGCGCUCGACGAGCUGAGCGUCGAGGGCGGCGGCGGCGGCGGGCGAGGGCAGGACGAGGGUUCGAGGAGCAGCUUUGUCGCGCCGAGCGAGGUCGAGAGGCUCGUGCGCGAGCAGGAGGAGGAGGUGCGCCGGCGCAGGAGGGCGUCGACGGGAGCGCAACGUCCGGCCAAGCAUGUCCCGCACCGUGCUGCACCGGCCGCCGUCAACGCCAAGUACGACUCGACCUACGUCCCCUCCUUGUCCGACUCUGCCGGCUCGCGCUCGUCGGCCUCGCUCGUCAGCGCCACGUCAGCCACCUCGUACACGACGUCCGCCUCGGCCGACGCCUUUGACGCCGCCGCUCCCGUCGACGACGAGCCCGACUUUGCGCGCGCUCAGCGCAUCUUUGACGACGUCCAGGCCGUCUCGUCGCCGCCGCGUGCGCGCCGCACCCAGCCUGCUCGCGCCGUAAAGGCCAAGGCGACCGCCAAGCCCGACCGCGUCGUCCUCGUCGACGAGCCGAGCGCCCACCUGUGCACCAACUGCCACGGGCGCAAGAGCGCCCUGCGCGCCGCCGGGACGCGGCGGCACGACGACGUCGAUGGCGGCGCCGACGCCGACGAGGAGGACCUCGCGUUCGCGAGCGGCGAGGCCGAGGCGCGCCGUGCGAGGGCGGCCAAGAAGGAGCGUCGCAGGGUCAAGGAGCAGGCGGCGGCGGCGGCGGCGGCGGCGGCGGCUAAGGCCGAGGAGAAGAUGCGGGAGGCCGCUGAGAAGGAGGAGAGGCGGCGUAGCCGGGCGAGGGACGAGCACCGCAGGACGCUCGAGGGCGUGCUCGACCGGCUCGAGGGCGACUUUGCCGUGCAGAAGAAGCUCUACCUCGAGCUGACCGCCGAGUACCAGUCGAUGUCGUCGCGUGCCGACACGCGCAAGCGUCGGGUGCUCGCAAGCCACCUCAAGGGCAGCAUCGACGUCCUCGAGGACAAGGCGCGCGAGGUCAAGCGUUACGCCGACGCGCUCGAGGACCUGUACGAGACGAUGCACGAGCAGACUUGCCCUCGCCGCCGCAAGGCCCACGCGAGCAUCUGA